AUUGUAUUCCCUACAAUAAUAUGACUUCAUUUAAUGUCUCUUAUCUAUUAUUACUAUUCACUUAUUCAUUAAUUUCUAUAGUAAAUCAUUUCAACAAUAAUAAUGUUCAUGGCCAAUCAAUAAAAUUUAGCAAAAUCUCUGAUAAAGUGAAUUAUGCAAAUCCUGAUCAAGCAGGUUAUCAUCAUUGUGCGUUUUGGCGUUUACCAGAUGGUCAUUCGAUGAUUGCCUCAUGUACACCAUUUACAAUGCAACGUUGUGGUAAAAAGUUAGAAUUCGAUUAUAAAUGCUGUGCAGGUUAUGAUAAAAUUGAAAAGUUACCAUAUUCAUUUCGAGAUUUUAAAAAAGGUGAAUGUGCUCUGCAGCUUUCUCCUUAUGAAUCAUGCACGGAGUUAAUAGAGAAUCAAUCUGAUAUAUCACCAUUUGCAAACAAAAUGAAAUCACUUAAUCAAUUCAAUACAAAAAAUCCUGACAAACCAUAUACAAUAUUUGCACCAAGUACUAGAAAUGCUGAAAAAUAUAAAGAUCUUACAAAUUCUGCUGAACAUAUUGUUCCAGGUCGAUUUUAUUUGAAAGAUUUAAAAACUGGACUACAACUGAAUACUUUAGAUCCUAAAAGAAAACUUUAUGUUACACGAGAACAUUAUGGAACUGUUUCAGUUGAUUGUGUAGAACUAGUUGACGCAGAUAUGGAAUGUAAUUCUGGUAUUAUACAUACAAUUAGAUAUCCUUUAACAAAUGCACAAAACUUAGACAGAUCAUCUAUUCUGAAUUUGUUAGAAUCUUAUCCAGAAUCUCAAGCAUUUACUAAAGAUUUAUCUGAAGUAAUGAAAAAUAAUUUUAAAAAUAUUAAUUCUGGUCAACGAUACACUGUUAUUGUACCAAAUCAAAAAACAUGGGAAUUAUUACGUCAAAAAUAUUCAGCUGAACAACUUCAAAGAAUUGCAGCAAAUCAUGUCAUAUUAAAUCAAUAUUGUUCUGGUCAUUUAAUUCAAUCAUUGGAAAAUUAUCAAUCAUUAUUAGGUGAAAAACUUGAAUUUAUUUGUGAAACUGAUUCAAACGGUAAAGAACGGCAUUUUGUUCGUACAAUAUUUGGUGAAAAGCAUGAAAUAACCAUGACUGAUUUAACAGCUACAAAUGGUGUAGUACAUAUUGUUGACGAUACAUUAAUUCCGCUAUCUGUUAUGACAUUUAGAGAAUUAAUGCAAAAUAAACAAUAUGCGGAAAAAUUAAAAGCCACAGAAUUUUUAAAUCUUCUUGCUGAAUGUGAUUUAAAAAUGGAACCAGGGCAAAAAUAUGCCAUAGUUCUACCUCAGGACAGUUCAAUGAAAUGGUGGUCAACUUAUUCACCAUUUCAAGAACAAUAUAAACGUUUUCAAACAGACAAAGAAUAUCGUUGCCGUGUAGCACGUUAUCAUGUAAUGAAAAGUAAUGAUCGUUUAAAUAAUAUUGGUAGUUUUGCUAGUCAUACACAAGGACAUCGUACAGUCAAUCCAAAUGAACCAUUAUAUGAAACAACUUAUUUUAAAAAAACUCCAUAUGGAUCACAGUUAAACUUUCAUUAUUCACCAAUCAAUAAUCUCGAGUCAUUUGAAUUAGAUGAUGUAACUAUUUACGUUACUCCAAGAAUCAAUGUCCCGCCCGAUUUUAAUAUGACCGAUAUAUUGACAAAUCGACCUGAUACCACGAUUGCUAAAAAUCAAACUGAGAAAGCUAAAAUGGAUGAGAAAUAUUUUCAAAACAAUGCACCGAAAAAUCUAUAUCUUGUCACUACAGAUAAUGGUUGGAAAGAUCCACGAGCUACACCGACAACAAUUAAUCCAUAUAAACCUGAAUUGAACAUAUACACAGAUAAGAAUUUAGAAAAUUAUUUACUACUCAAUCAUAUACCAUUGUAUUUAUGGGGUGGAGAUAUUGGUUAUUUUGAAAAGAAUACAAUUCAUAAAUUUAUGUCUUCUGCCGGUAUUGAACUAAUUUUCUGGAUGGAUAACAAUGGAGUCAUGCGUAUUGGAUAUGAAGGUCUGCCACGUGAUCAAUGGCCUAAAGUAAUCCAAUGGAAUUUACAUGCUCGUGAUGGUAUUAUCUGGUUAUUAGAUGGUAUAUUAAAAUGUCCAGAAAAGCUAUGUCCAUUAAUUGUUGAAGAUGUUGAUUAUUAUGAUGUCUAUGUGAUGGCAUGUCAAACAUCAAAUUUACCCGGGGAAAAAGAUCCUGUUGCACAAUUUGAAAGUAGACCAUUGGAUAUUGCUAGUCGACAUCCUACUCUUUGCACUGUGGUCUUACAAACAAGUGAAACCACGGUUACAUUGAUUGAAUCUUAAUGAUUAACAGUAAUAAUAAUAAUAAUAAUAAUAAUAAUCUUUAAUAAUUAAAAUGAUUAUAGAAAAUUUUAAACAGUAGUAGUAUUGUUUUCAGUUGCUUUCAAUGUUCUCCAUUCAAACAUAUAAACUUACCUAGAAUGAUAGUCUUUUUUAGUGUGACGUUUUAUUAAAGUAUUUUUUUUUAAGACGUGAUUAAAUCAAUGUAAUUAAAAAUGUCUUUUAAAAAAUAUACUACU